AACAAGAACAAGCAUAUAUACGAGUCAGAUUUUCCAUUCUGUAUUUUUCAGAACAUUUCGCAAAAAAAAGGAAUAAAUUAAUUAAAUUGUAUUUAAAGAGUAUACCAUGUUGCAAAUCAUUUAACUUAUCAAUAAGGAAAACGACACAUCGUUUGGUCGCUUCUAUUUAUUUUUCCAUAUUCAAUACUUCUUCGUACCGGCCGACAUUCUAAACAUACAUUUAGAUCAUUUCCAACAAAAGCCACGUAGAAGUAAUAAUUAUCUGGGAAAUUGGUUAGAGAUAAACAAGAUUUUACAUCUGCACUAAACAAAUAAGCAGCAAGCACACCAACAAGAAACGGUGAAGGGCAAAGAGCCGCGCAAUGGGUCUGGCGGCUAGAAUAUAUGUUUUUGCGCUGAUGUUGCUCCUAGCCCGGGGUGAUGAACACAACCAUAAAUACAACGAUGGAGAAGAGGUAGUUUUAUGGAUGAACACUGUGGGCCCCUAUCACAACCGUCAGGAGACAUAUGCCUAUUUUAGCCUUCCAUUUUGUAGUGGGUCCAAGUCCAGCAUAUCCCAUUACCAUGAAACCCUGAGCGAAGCUUUGCAGGGUGUGGAAUUGGAAUUCAGUGGUUAUGAGAUUGAAUUCAAUAGAGAUGUUCCAUCCACCGUUAUUUGCAUGGUUGACUUGACCGAGGAGAAGGUGAAAGCCUUUACCUAUGCUGUUAUGAAUGAAUACUGGUAUCAAAUGUAUAUUGAUGGUCUCCCCAUUUGGGGAAAAGUAGGUGAGAAGGAUGAACAAGGAAGAUUCUUCAUCUACACACAUAAGAAGUUCGACAUUGGUCGUAAUGGCCAACAGAUAGUUGACAUAAGUUUGAAUACAGAAAAAAGGGAGCUACUGAUUGAAGGAGCCAAAAUCAAGUUUUCAUAUGAAGUGAACUGGAAACCAAGCGUAGUGGAAUUCAAAAAUCGUUUUGAUAAAUAUUUGGACCCAAAUUUCUUCCAGCAUAGAAUCCAUUGGUUUAGUAUAUUCAAUAGUUUUAUGAUGGUCAUUUUCCUGGUGGGAUUGGUCUCAAUGAUUCUUAUGCGAACCCUACGCAAAGAUUAUGCUCGCUAUAGCAAAGAUGAAGAAAUGGAUGAUAUGGAGCGUGAUCUAGGAGAUGAAUAUGGCUGGAAACAAGUACAUGGCGAUGUAUUCCGUUCACCCCCUCACACUUUAUUAUUCUCGGCUAUGAUUGGUGCUGGCUAUCAAUUGAUUUCCGUUGUCUUUUGUGUGAUAAUUUUCGCUAUUGUUGGGGAGCUUUACACAGAGCGUGGUUCGAUGCUUUCAACCGCCAUAUUCGUUUAUGCUGCCACAUCUCCUAUCAAUGGUUACUUUGGCGGAUCCUUAUAUUCCCGCUUAGGUGGUCGCAUGUGGAUUCGUCAGAUGCUGGUUUCUGCCUUCAUGGUUCCCGUAUUUGUUUGCGGCACUGCUUUCUUCAUCAACUUUAUUGCCAUUGGCUAUCAUGCGUCGAGAGCCAUACCAUUUGGCACCAUGGUCGCUGUCACCUGCAUAUGCUUCUUUGUGAUCUUGCCGCUGACGUUGGUGGGCACGGUGGUGGGACGAAAUUUGGAUGGUCAACCAGAUUAUCCUUGCCGCGUGAAUGCUGUGCCCAGACCCAUUCCCGAAAAGAAGUGGUUCAUGGAGCCGGCGAUUAUAAUUCUGCUGGGUGGUAUAUUACCAUUUGGUUCAAUAUUCAUCGAAAUGUAUUUCAUAUUCACCUCAUUUUGGGCCUAUAAAAUCUAUUAUGUGUAUGGCUUUAUGCUGCUGGUCUUUACCAUUCUGACCAUUGUCACUGUGUGUGUGACUAUAGUUUGCACCUAUUUCCUGCUGAAUGCGGAAGACUACCGAUGGCAGUGGACCAGUUUCAUGUCUGCUGCCUCAACCUCCAUAUAUGUGUAUGCAUAUUCAUUUUAUUACUUUUUCUUUAAAACAAAAAUGUAUGGCCUUUUCCAAACCUCAUUCUAUUUUGGAUACAUGGCCUUAUUUAGUGGUGCUUUAGGUAUAAUAUGUGGAACAGUGGGCUAUAUUGGCACAAGUGUUUUUGUACGGAAAAUAUAUUCGAAUGUUAAAAUAGACUAGACACGUUUUAUUAGCUAUUCCCAACUGCAACUAGUACUGUCUUUUCCCCCCACAACCGAAAAAUAAACAAAAACAAAAACCAAACAACACAACGUUCUUGCUGCUCUACAAAACACAGACUCCUAUAUAUAUAUAGUCUAAUGAUGUCCCUUUUUUAUAAUUAUAAUUUAUCUCUGUCUCUCAUCCAAAAUUAAUUAUAAAAAUAAUAAUAAUUAGUAUGUAAAGUUAUUAACAAACAAAAAACGAAGAUAAACCAUUCAUUAAACAUGCCGUAAUCUUAAUGUUAGUUUAUGUACAUUUAUUUAUGCUUGUUUUAUUUGAACAGCAACACUAUUUUUAUUUGUGUGUAACUAGGACUUAGGGGUAUUCAGGAUCAUGUUCACCACGACGUUUGUGCUCACGUCGUGAAAAUCCUAAUUAUUGUUGUAAUUUCUUUUCUUCCAUUUGCCUUAACACCCACCACUUCUUCUGACUUUGUAAAAAGGAAUAAAACUUUUAAUUUAGUUCUUACCCUUGUGUGGUCUCAGUAUUUUCGCUUUCCAAAUUCUACACUUAUUUAAAAAAACAAAAUUAUUCUAUACUAAUUUAAAAAAAAAAAACGAGAAAAACAAAAUGAUGUAAAAAAUAGAACAAACAAGUUUAUUAAAUAAAUCUCUGCUAUACACUUUUAAA